GUCGUAAAUCGACCGGCCGCUGUUAUCGUUUAAAGCGUCGUUGACGUUCUUUACAAUUCGCAAAAGUGGAAAGAAAAAGAAAAAUUAUGUAGACUUUUUGGCAAAAGUAUAAUCAUUUUUAAAGUUUUGCAAAAACUAAAUUUUAGGCUAUUUAGUUCCGAGUUUUUCUUGUUGCGUGUACUUAGCAAAACGAAUAAACAUUUCUAUUUCCACUACAUAUAUAUAUAUUAUAUAUGUAUAUUUAUACAUAUAUAUAAAUAUAUACAUAUGUAUAUAUGCGUAUGUGCAUUUGUGUGAGUGCUUUAAUGCGGCGAAUGCGAAUGUGAAGAAAGCCGCACUCUGCAAACCCGAGGCGUAGACUUUUUUGUUGCUGUUGCUUAAGAGAGUCGGCCACACUCCACAUCGACGCGAAAGUGCUAGCGGGAAGUGUGUUAGCGGGGGUAUUGAGUUGAAUUUUUUUCACGACCCGUUUUAUAAUAACCGCUAAAAUUGUGGAAAAACAAGAGAAAACUCCUAAGCGGAAGAAGAAAGCUGCAGCCAGUAAAAUGUCUGCAGUUUAUUCGCCGCAACCGCCGCCGUCGCAGCAGCAGCCACCAGCGCAGCAUCCGCCGGGAUCUGUGCAAUUGCCGCCGCCGCAGGCACCGCCACAGCAACAGCAGCAAUCACAGCAACAGCAGCAGCAACAACAACAACAGCCGCCUGGCAGUGGACAAGGGCCGCCAGGUGGCGUAGGAGUUGGGCCCAUGGGUCCGAUGCAGCAACGCGUUGGCCCCGGGUCCGUUGGCAAUCCCGUUGGCGGCGUCGGUGUUGGCGUCAUGAUGGGCACACCACCCAAUCCAAAUGCACAACGUGGCGGCGUGCCCACUCAGCAAGUCAACUCGGCCCAAAUACAGAAGAUACUCGACGAUAAUUGCGGACUCAUUCAGGCCAUACAGGACUUUCAAAACAUGGGGAAGUCGCAGGAGUGCAUGAGCUACCAUGUGGCUCUGCACAGAAAUCUGGUGUACUUAGCCCAGCUAGCCGAUCCCCAAAUGAACAUUGCCCAAAUUCUGCCUCCACCGCAUCUGCUGCAAACGCAGGCUAUGCAACAGGGCAAUCAGCCGCCAGCGCCUCAUGGCAUGGCGGGUGUGGGUGUGCCACCGCCGGGACAGCAACAGCAGGUGCAAGGGCAGCAGGGCGCACCGGGACCCCCGCCGCCGGGCAGUGUGAUCCAGUCACAGAUGAUGCAGCAUGCCGCAGAGGCUGGCGUUGGCCCCGUACAAAUGCCGCCCUAUCCAGGUCAACAGCCACAGCCAACGCAUCCGGGCAUGCCACCCAACGCCCAACAGCAAUCUCAGCAACAACAACAGCAACAGCAGCAGCAACAACAACAGCAACAACAGCAGCAGCAGCAACAAGCUGGACAAGUUCAGCAGACACCACAAGUCAGCCAGGCUGGCGGACCCCAGCCACAGACUGCCUAUCGCAACGUCCAAGCCGGCGCUGGCCAGACGCAGGUCGUGGUCAAUGCCGCGCCCAGUAAGUACCAGCAACAGCAGCAGCAGCAGAGGCCUAACAAUGGUCCACUGCCGCCUGGCCAGAAUCAGGCCCCGCCGCCACAACAGCAGCAACAGCCGCCCAACCAGCAGCAGCAGCCGCAACAGGGACCGGGCUUAGUGCCGCCACCGCAAGCGCAGUAUCGGGUCAGCUAUCAACAGCAACAGCAGCAGCAGCAGCAUGGUCACUAUCCGGGCUAUCCGCCGCAGUCGCAGCCGCAGUACCAGCCACAGAAUACGUAUCCAUACGGACCCCCCGGCCAGGGCUAUGGGCCACCGCCUCCGCCGCCAAAUGCUCAGGCUGCGUAUCAUCAUGCGGGCAUGCCGCCAACAUCGACGGCAGGCGGUGCACAGGGCGUGGUACACGCCUAUCAGCCGAAUCCGAACGCUGGCGGUGUUACGGCUGGUGGUCAGCAACAGCAAGCACCGCCGCCGGGUGCAUAUCCGCCACCCCCACCAGGGCAGCAAGUGACGCCAGGGCAGCAACCACCACCGCCACCAGCACAGAUGUAUGGACCGCCGCCGACGGCUGGCGGACAGGCGGGACCUCCAGGGCCACCCGGCCCGCCGCAAAGUGUGCUGCCCAGUCAGUAUGGGCCACCCCCACCGCAGAACGCUGGCGCUGUGGCGCCCGGGCCGCCUCCUAUGGGCUACGCGGGCUAUCCACCCAAUCAGUAUGGGCAGACGGGUACGCCCGGCGCACCGCCCGGUAACUAUGGACCACCACCCACUAGCCAAGCGCAGUCUCCGUAUCAGGCGUACCAGCAGGCUACAGGCGCGCCUCCCGGCAGUUAUCCUGGUCAGCCUGUGCCUGGUCCACCGAGCGCCCAGCAGGUCAGCGUGGCGGGCACAAAUGCUGGACCGCCACCGCCGCCUGCCAGCUACAGCACGGCGCCCAGCCAGACGCCUCCGCCGCCACAACAGCAACAGUCGGCACCCAAUCAGCAGCAACAGCAGCAGGCGGGCAACCCCAACGGCCCCAAUACACCGCAGUCGACACCGCCGCCGCCUAGCUCAGUAGCUGGCGUGCCGCCCAACCAGCAAGCACCUGGCGCGGGCGCUGCCCAGCAGCAGCCUCAAUACGCUCCGCAGCAGCAGCAGCAACAGCAGCCGCUACAGCAACAGGGGCAAUCUGGUCAGCAGCUAAGCGCUGUGGUUUCUGGUGUUUCGGCGCUGCCUACGCAGCAGCAGUCAACUUACUCAACGCCACCCACUAGUGUGGCUGGCUAUGGGGCACCGCAGCAGCAACAACAGCAACAGCAGCAGCAACAACAACAACAACAGCAACAGCAGCAACAACAACAGCAGCAGCAGCAGCAACCACAGGGUGGUCCGCCCCCACAACAGAGCGGUCCGCCGCCUGGGGGCCCACCAAACUCGAGUGCGCCACCUCAGCCGAAUGGGGCAACCCCGCCAAUGGCACCAAAUCAAUAUCAACCAGCGCCUGGCUCACAGCCGUAUGGCGCGCCACCGCCGCCUCCACAGGGCUAUGGACCGCCGCCACCUGGCAGUGCUUAUCCGGGCCAUGGCUACCAUCAGACGCCGCAGGCAGGUGGCUAUGCACAGUAUCCGCCGUCGCAGGGUUACCAGGGCUACAGGCCAGCUCCGGCUGGUGCCCAGAUGCCGCCCCCAGGCGCACCACAGGGUCCGCCACCAGCGGGUGCCUAUGGUUACUAUGGAAGUCAGCCACCACAGUGAGUUAACCACACUCAAUGGUACCAACCAUUUUUCGAUUGGCAGCAAUAUGGAUAACAAAGGAUGACAAGACCAGAAAUACGCGCCAAGCAAUGUUCCUUCUCGCUCUAUCGCUACACUCUCCCUGUCUCUCACUCUCUUUCUCUUUCUGUCUCCCUCUGAACCUCUGAUGUUCUACAGAUAUCUCAUCGAAUGGUACUUGUCUCCUGCUUUUGCGUUAGUUAAAUGCGCACGUGCGUGCGGCAGGACUUCUAAAGCAUAACGAAAACACUUCUAAACAUACAUAGGAUUACAUUACUUUGUACUUGUAGCAAUUGUAAUAGAGCCAAGCGUCGAGACGCGUCCAUUAGGCGUAUAACUCUACUACAUACAUACAUAUAUUUAAUUUAUACAAUUGUCAACUACACCUACAUCUAUACGAUUUAAUUACCCUUUUUGUUUUUAUUGUGUGUUUGCUCCUUACUAUAUACAUUUUUUUUAUACUCUUGAAAUACUACCUAUAUUUUGUGUGCGUGCCUGUGUAAGUGUGUGUAAGUGAUUGAGUGAGUUUAAGUGGUUUAACGUUUCAUCUUUUAUCUGAUUGUAAAAUGUAGCGCGCGUCACACAACUAAGUAGAUUUUUAAUACAAUUUUACAAUAUAUAAUCAAUUUACAUUCAGCAAAUGACAGAAGUAUGAGAAUAACCAUGAUUUAAGUAGUAUUUAAUGAUCAAAUAUUCCAUUAACGAAAACAAUAACAAAAAAUUUAAAACGGACAACGCAGCAAAGCUUUAUGUGUGUAUGAGUGAGUACGGCUGCUGCUGCUGCUGUUGUUGCCGCUGCUGCUGCUGCUGUCUUGCUCAGGCGCAUUGUGGCACACGCACUUUACUCUAGUUGUAAUUGUAAGCCGAUAAACGAUAUAUGAUAUAUAUUACAUAUGUAUAUCGUCAUCGAUAGCAUUUACAUCAUUUGAAAUUGUAUUUAGGAAACUUCAAAUGCUAACAGAUAACAAAAACAAUUAUUUAAAAAUACAUAUAAUUGAUGAACAAAGCAAAAUGCAUUCAAUAAAAGCAACGAGCUGUCAAA